AUGAUUGAUGCUAUUGCAAACAUAGGUGCAGGAUAUAAAGGGACAAAUUAUGGAAGAGUUUGUGGAUAUUUGUUGAGUAAAUUGGUUGAAGAGGUAAAGAAAAUGAUUGAAGAUUAUCGUAAAAUUUGGAAACAAAUUGGAUGUACUAUCAUGGUCGAUGGACGGAUUGAUCGUUGUAGGCAUACUUUAAUUAAUUUAUUGGUUUAUUGUCCUAAAGGAACCGCUUUUCUAAAGUCAGUUGAUGCUUCUCAUGUCUUGAAAAUUCCUGAUGCUUUGUUUAAGUUGCUUAAGGAUGUUGUAUUAUUUGUUGGUCCUGAGAAUGUUGUACAUGUAGUGACGGAUAAUGCUGCAAAUUACGUUGCUAUUGGAAGGUUGUUGGAAUCAGAGUUUCCUAGAUUGUAUUGGUCUCCUUAUGCAGUACACUUUGUUAAUUUGAUGUUUCAGGUUAUUGAAAAGUUAGAGGAAGUGAGUAAAACUAUGUCACAAGCUUCGAAGAUUACGAAGUAUAUCUAUAAUCAUUGCCAUCCUUUGUACUUGAUGAGAAAGUUCACAGGCGGACGAGAAACACUUCGUCCAUCUCCAACUCGAUUUGCCACUAAUUUCAUUGCUUUGCAAAGUAUUUUAGCUCAAAAAGAUGCAUUGAGAGCUAUGGUGACAUCUAGAGAAUGGACAAACUCAACUUACACUAGAGAAGUCAAAGCUAAAAAGUUUAUGAAACAAGUCUUAGAUUCUAAAUUUUGGAAUCAAUGUAUUGAUAUUGUUAAGCUUACUCAUCAACUUGUUCGUAUAUUGCGUAUUGUGGAUAGUGAAAAUAGAGCUGCAAUAGAUUUUCUUUAUCUAGCUAUUUAUAAGGUUAGGGAAGAGAUGGUGAAGAGGUUUCAAAAAAGAAAGACGGUUGUUGAUCCUUAUUUAAAUAUUUUAGCUACACGCUGGGAUUCAGAACUUUGA